AUGGCGGCGGCGCCGCCGCUGUUCGACGAGAUCGUCGAGGAGAUCCUCGCACGCCUCCCACCGGACGACCCCGCUACCCUCCUCCGCGCCGCGCUCGCCUGCAAGCAGUGGGCCCGCCUCGUCUCCGGCCCGGGCUUCCGCGCCCGGCUCCGCGCCCUCCACCGCGAGGCCCCCAUGCUGGGCUUCCUCUGCGACCUCAGGGGCGACGAUGACGGCGCCAUCUCCCGCUUCGUCCCCACCUCCUCCUUCCGCCCGCGCCGCCACGCCGACCGCCGCGGUAUGUCGAAGUUGUGCAAGCUCCCCAUGCUGCCGCGGCGCGCGCAGAGCUGGAGCGCCGCGGUGCUCUGCGGCUGCGCCGAUGCCGCCGGCGCGUGCGACGGCUGCCACCUCGGGCCGUUCCGCGUGGUCUACGUCGGCACCGACGCGGACGGCAUCUUCUCCUGCGUCUACUCGUCCCUGGAUGGCGCGUGGAGCGAGCCGGCCUCCGCGGAGCACCCCGAGCACCCCCACAUGCCUCGAAUCCGUGCCCUUGUGGGGGACGCGCUCCACUUCCUGUUCCAAGCCAGCGCCAGCAUCCUCAGGUACGAUCUGGGUGCGCGACAAGUGUCUGUGAUCCAGAGGCCACCGGCAUGCACCGACUUCCAGGGGCGCCCUCUGCUCAUGACCAUGGAGGAUGGGAGGCUGGGAUUCGCCUCGGUGCUCAACUCCAGACUCUGCCUGUGGCCGCGGGAGGUAGGCGCUGACGGGGAAGCACGGUGGGCGCAGAGCAGAGCCAUUGAUCUCGAGACGCUGCUCCCUGCUGAUGCCCUUUGGGCCUUGCCCUAUUUGAUUGGCUUUGCUGAUGGUGUUGGAGUGCUCUUCGUGUGGACGGCUGUUGGUGGGUUGUUCCUCGUCAAUCUGGGAUCUGGUCUGCUGAGAAACGUGGAUAUCGACAGGGACAUCUAUGGCGUUGUUCCUUACGUGAGCUACUACAUUCCAGCACUGAAAAUAUCUGCUGAAGGUGAUGGAGCUGAACCAAGUGCGGGUGCAUCAGAGCCUCAAGUGCUGUUGCAAGGCCUUUGAACUUCUAAGAAGUGUAAUGGUGAUCAUUGAUGGUACUUGUGAAUGGAUUACUAAUGAGGAUCUGUGAUUUUGCCGCUGAUCAUAUGUGCCGCUUUCAUGCUUUCUUAAUCUUCACUAUAAGCCAUUAGCUAUAAUGUAGUAGUUGUAAGCUCUGGUGUGAAGCUUAAUGGGGCUCAGCUGUAAAAGUGGUAGCUGUGAGCUCUGGUGUGAACCUUAAUGUGGCUCAGCUGUAGAAGUGGUGAUACAAGCGCUAUCCAACUCUCUGUGUGCUCGAACUAUAGGUUUCCAUCAGACUGGGAAUGAGUAGAAUUCAUUUUACCA